UUUUUUUUUUUUACCUUUUACUAAGCCUCAGAUCUAAACCCAUAAACCAUCUCUCCCCUCUUAGCAUCUUUUGGCUAUUUUUCAUACCCCUCCCUCCUCUUCCUUAUUUCCUUCCAAACCCUUAACCAAAACUUAUCUUCAUUACAUGGGAAGCACAUCAGUUCCAAGAAUUAGUCAACUCACAUCAAGAGUGGAGAGAAUAUAGAUUCAGCUUAAAAUUUGGUGGUAGAUGCUUCAAAUCUCUUCUCUUGCCCUUUUUUCGUGAAAAAAACCUGUAGAUAUUCAAUUAUUCGACAUACCCAGCAAUACCAAACCUCUAAUCCACCAAGGAACAAAAAUAGGAACUUUAUUGUCAUUUCUUUUCUCUUUCUCCAUCAGAAUUCAGUUGGUUCUUGUACUUGUUAGCUGAUCUGUUGAUGAUUAGGUUUCAACUUUGAAGGGAAGAACAGAAAUGGACCCAGUAACAGCUCAUGGCCGUCAUCUUCCUCCUUUCCUCGCUAGAGAUCUUCAUCUAAAUCCGCACCAUCAAUUCCAACAUCUCCUCCAACAACAAAAUUCUGAAGAUGAACAAAACCGUGGCCAGAAACGAGAUCGAGAAGAAACAGCCACCACCGCCGCCGCCACUGGCACUACUGCCGACACGGGUGGUGGAGGCAACGACCUAGCCGUAGCCCCUGGAACUGAAGGUGAACUCACAAGAAGACCACGAGGCAGACCUGCGGGCUCCAAGAACAAGCCUAAGCCGCCGAUCAUCAUAACCCGUGAUAGUGCCAACGCCCUCCGGUCCCAUGUCAUGGAAAUUGCCAACGGCUGUGAUAUUAUGGAGAGCGUUUCGACUUUCGCUAGGCGGAAACAAAGAGGGGUUUGCAUUUUGAGUGGGAGCGGAACUGUAACGAAUGUAACCUUAAAACAACCUGGAGCUCCUGGUGCAGUCGUGAAUUUACAAGGACGGUUCGAAAUUUUAUCCCUUUCUGGGUCAUUUUUGCCUCCCCCGGCACCAGCGGCUGCAUCGGGAUUGGCCAUAUAUUUAGCCGGCGGUCAAGGUCAAGUAGUUGGAGGAACCGUGGUGGGUCAACUUGUUGCUUCAGGUCCGGUGGUGAUUAUGGCAGCUUCUUUUGGUAAUGCGGCCUAUGAAAGGCUCCCGUUGGAGGAAGAGGAACAACCUCUGGACCCGAUUCCAGGAAGUGGAUCCUUAGAGUCACCGGGAAGCAUGGCUGCUCAACAACAACAGCAGCAGCAGCAACUAUUGCAAGAUCCCAACGGAUCCUUCGCUCAAGGGUUGCCACCAAAUCUUCUAAAUUCAGUCCAAAUGCCAGCUGAGGCCUACUGGGGCACAGGUCAUCCUCCAUAUUAACAAAAAAAAAAAAAAAACUCGGGUUUUUCUUUUCUUUUUUUUUUCGUCUCCUUAAUUAUCCUUUUCAGUCACCUCUUGUUAGUUUGACCUUCUGAUCACCUUUUAAUCUUCUUCCUUUAUAAAAUAGUUGAUUUUGAUGUUUUAAAAUUAAGUGUUAAAGAUGCUGCUGAUCAUGGGAUUCAUCUGGGUUUGGUUUGAAGUUUGAAGUUUGAAGAAGGAUGAUGUACAAAUUUUCUGGAUUUUCUCCCUGGCGGGUUUUUCCGGUUUUAUUUUUAUAAAAAGUAGCCUUUUAAUUUCUCA